UCCCUCGCCCUCUCCCUCCUUCCUUCCCUCCAAACCCUAAAGAAAAACCUCCUCACUCUCUCUCUCUCUCUCUAAAGCUCGCGGACGACGACGAGCCACGCCCACCCGCGGAGACCGCUCGACCACCUUCCUCACCUCAAGCUCAAGCUCAAGCUCAAGGAGCUCGGAGCUCGGCAAUAGCGAAGUGCCCACCUGCUCCUCAACCUGCGGGGCGUCGCUGUUGAGGAGAGAGAGAGAGAGAGAGAGAGAGAGAGAGAGAGAGAGAGAGAACGAACCUUACGACGGAGGCGGAGUUUGGAGGGGAGAGGGGCCGAGGGUUUGAUUUCGAGAGCGCCAUGUCGAAUACCGACGGAGGAGGAGGGGGCAACGCCGUCGCCAACGGGGCGAUCAUCGAUCCGCAGAGGCAGGCGCACCAGCAGGGGGGUGCCAACGGCGCCCUCGCCGUCAAGAAGCCCCCCUCCAAGGACCGGCACAGCAAGGUGGACGGCCGCGGCCGCCGGAUACGGAUGCCGAUCAUAUGCGCCGCCCGCGUCUUCCAGCUCACCCGGGAGCUCGGCCACAAGUCCGACGGCCAGACCAUCGAGUGGCUCCUCCGCCAGGCCGAGCCCUCCAUCAUCGCCGCCACCGGGACCGGGACCACCCCCGCCAGCUUCUCCACCGUCUCCGCCUCCGCCCGCGGCGGCGGCGGGGGGUCCGGCUCCGGCGGCCUCUCCUGCUCGAUUUCUAUGUCCCCCAACGCCUCGUCCUUGGAGCACAAGCCCCUGCUCGGGCCCACGCAGUUCAUCCUCGGGAAGCGCGUGCGGGCGGACGACGACGGCGGGAACGGCAAGGACGAGGUCUCCGUCGUGGGCCCCACCGUGGAGGCGAUGGUCGGUGCCGGCGGGGCCCCGGGCGGCUUCUGGGCGCUGCCGGCGCGGCCCGACUUCUGGAGCUUCGCGGCCGCGGCGGCGGCCGCAGCGGCGCCGCCGGAGAUGGUGGUGCAGCAGGGCGGGGCGGUGUCGCAGCAGGGGCCGUCGUUCUUCUUGCAUCAGCAGCAGCAGGGGAUCGGGGAGGCGUCGGCAGCUCGAGUCGGGAAUUACAUCCCGGGCCACCUGAAUUUGCUCGCGUCCUUGUCGGGCGGGUCCGGAAAUUCGGGGCGGAGGGACGAUGACCAUCGCUGAUUCAGCGAAGGCACCACCCAGCGGUUGCUGCGUUGGUAUAUAUAUAAAUAUGUGCAAGUCCUGUUGUUUCUCAGUCAGUCAGUGUGUGUGCGCGUGUCGUGUGAAGAUGGACAAGAAGGAAUUUAGGUGAAGUUUUAGGGGGCUUAGGCUAUUAGUUCUUUGGGUGGAGGAAGAAGUAGGAGUCCGCUCAAUGCAUGAUUCAAUUUUAGGGGUUUCUUUUAACUCUUUCUGGUGUAGCGUUUUUAGGGUCAUUCUUAGGUUCUUCCUGGUGGGAAGUUUUCGUUGACAGGACACAGGACUUCACGGAAAUCCGGGCUCUUGUUUGGAAUUUCAAGGGUCUGUUGUUCGAGGGAAAAUGGGGUUUUUGUGCAAAAUCCUAGGUGUGUCUUGUGAUGAUGUGCCCAUAUAAAGGACAUCGAGUUGGUUAAUUCAACGUACUUUGCGCAAGGGUUAAGGCGGAUUCUUGCGCAAGUUGACACUGUUUUGUCACAUGUCUUGAAGACUUAUGGCAUUGCAUGCCCAUGGGGGGGGUAUGUUCACCUUUUUCUAGUCUGUAACUCCUCGAUUUGCUGCUCGUGUGGUGGCCCCAUUGCUUCAUAAUUCAGUGAGAAAGCUUCAAUUGUUGCAUCUUCGUCCAAAUUUCCGUCCUGAGUGAGCUGAGUUCUUGAAGUUCGGCGCAACAUUGUCCGGGCCUCCUCGAAUAUGUUAUAAGCUCUGUCUCUUUGAAAUCGGGAUAAUAAAAUGUGGGUGCUUUGCCUUCAAUUGAGGUGCCUUCAGUCUUCGAGGAGAAUUCAGGAGGUUUCUGCCAGUUCAGCUUUGUGGUUGGUCUCUCAUCCCAUGCCCCCUUGGAGGCGAUGGUUCGAAACGAAGAUGUGAAGGAGGAGACUAUUGUUAUCUCUCUGUAAGGCCUCUGCUUUUUCGCUUUUGAUAAUUUUGUCUGUAAUUCUUAUGCCUUUCCGUAUUAGAUUCAUCAGCGUGGAAAAUAAUGUGCUUUUCAUGUAUGUAACUGGAUUGUUUCUUCUGGGUGCUGCUUGUGUGAAUAAAAAGAAAAAUGAAAAAGACCCAAUAAUCUUUCUCAGUUCA